CUGCCAUCCAUCAGUCCUGAAAAUCUCAGGCACGGAUCCCAAAAUGCCAACCGGACUUUACUGCGUGGUAUGCGGAUUUGAUUUACCGUCCAGCGCAAUACGGGACAGCUGGAAGCCGGUGCUGGAACGAGAGGACUGGGGAGCAAAAGCACAAGACGCGUUGGAGGGAAGAUCUGUUAUUGUGUCAGCUGCUGAAUUGGAAGCAACAGAUUUCACGCGAGAUCCCUGCACAUGGAGUAUGUUCUUUCGAAUAAUCCUGGACGACCCUAGGAACAACGCCCCGUGCAUCACCGGCAUAACUUAUACGAGACCAAAUCAAACUGAUACUCGCGUACCAACCCAACCCCAUAGAGCCUUCAUCUGGGGCGAUCCCACGAGGAAGAGCCGUUGGAAUACGGGCUUUCAGAUAGUGGAUAUCCUAGAAAAGAAUCCAAUAAAAAAGCCCGGGGUACCGCUCGGGUAUCCCAUUCAUGCUCAUUGUUGGCUGCUGGCCAACCGUGUGAUCGGUCAUGAUGUUGUCGAGCAGAAUCUGCGGGCAUUCAUAAAGGCCAUAGAGGCGUUUUGGAAAAGGAAGGGCAAGAGACAGGAGCUUUCCACGGAACACUCGUGCAAGUCAGUCGUUUGCUUUUGUCAUGAUAUGCGGUCUUCUUACCCUGGGGAGGAAUGGGUACCUAAGCAGACCCUCAAGCAUUACAUUUUUUGCUCGCCAAGCCCGUACAGAAUCCCCGAAAUAGAAGAUUUGUUGGCACGAGCGACAAGUAAUAGGGAAAAGCCAGGUAAAUUGAGAGAAUCAUGCACCGACGUUUCGCAGGACAUUGCGAUGAUUAUCGUGGAUACGGUCUUUAGGGGUUACAAGCCUGAGGACUAUCAAGAGGCAAUCAGCGAUGUAGAGAAUCUGCUCGAGGCCUUUCAGUGGACGUUGCACGAUGAUUAUUGGAUGAAGCGAAGCAGCGGAUGGAGGAGUCUGAUAUAUGAAGUUGAUGACCGCAUCAGGGUGGGAAAGAAGAUUGAUUGGGCAACCCUGACUCUUGGAGUGGAGGAGAUGCUGGUAAGCUUUGACUGGUAUUUCGAUAGUGGACUCUAUCUUCGGGCCAGGGUUAUGGAGUCUUUGAGAGAGAUGGAACAGGACUUUCUGGAGUUGGUGGAAGGCAAUGGCGAUAUUGUCAUCACAUAGUUUGGACUUCUUCCAGGUGUGAGGGACCGACAUUUAAUCUGGAUCUCUUUGCUUUGAGGGAUAUUAUACAGGAUAGAUUCUACUAUCUGUCUGACACUGAUAUUCAACAUCAU